AUGACACUCAGGAACUGCUCCCUUCAUAACAGCUUGGUUGAGAUCUCCAUAGCCACCCUGCUGAUUCUGGAAUUUGCAUUGGGACUGCUAGGCAAUGCAAUUGCCCUCUGGUCUUUUAUUUCUCACUUAAAGGUAUGGAAACCUUAUGCAGUUUAUUUGCUCAACCUGGUAGUUGCGGAUCUUUUGUUGUCUAUGUGCCUGCCAUUCCAAAUAACCUUCUAUCUCACGCACAAGAAAUGGGGAAUGGGACCAGGAGCUUGGUGCAUCCUGACCUUCCUGCUGUCCCUCAGCAGGACCAGUGGCAUUGUUUUCCUUACUGCGGUGGCUAUGGAUCGCUACCUCCGGGUGGUCCAUCCUCGUUGCAAGAUCAACAGCUUCUCAACUCAGGCAGCCAAGUUUAUUUCUGCUUUAAUCUGGCUUCUGGUGGUGGGACUGGUUCACCCAAGCCUGGUGGCUUCCAAGAUUGCGAAAAAUUCCACUGAGUUCCACAGUUUCUACCCCAUAGAAGACAUCAUUUUUGGCAGCACUUGGCAGCAAGUGGUGUUCUGUCUUCAGUUUCUUCUUGCCUUCAGUCUCAUCCUUUUCUGCACCAUUUGCAUGAUUAAGAGGCUCCAGCAGCGGCUCCGAGACCAAGACAAACAGCCCAAGCUUCAGAGAUCUAUGACAUUAGUCACCAUGGUGGUGGUGCUCUUUGGAAUUUGCUUUCUACCCAGCUUUCUCUCUAGAAUCCUCAUAACCAUCCUCCAAAGGUCAGAAAGCUGCCGGACCCUUCAGGUGAUGGUUCACAUAUGUGAUGUCACCAACAGCCUCACCUAUCUCAAUAGUGUCCUCAACCCAAUGGUAUACUGUUUUUCAAAUCCAGUGUUCAGAUAUUCAUUUAGAAAAGUUUUUCAUACUAUAAGAGGAAGAAGAAAAGAAUCACAGCCUCAGGGUUUUGAUCUCAGAGAUUCCUGUUAUAGUGGAUAG